CUCUCCUUCCAGGUUGGUUCAGCCCCCGUCUACUCCGGGGUGGUGCUUAGUCGGCGCCAGACCGACCCUCGACUUCGGAGGGGCAGUGCUGUUCCUCUGGGCGCUCCCUCGGCGUCCGCUUCGGCUCCUUCAGCUUCCUCGGCCUCCUCAGCGUCCGCCGGGACCCGAGACCUCGGUGUAUGCCCCACCCCUGACUCUGCUAGAGAUAUGUCCACCCCGGCUCGGCGCCGCCUCAUGAGGGACUUCAAGAGGUUGCAGGAGGAUCCUCCGGCGGGAGUCAGCGGGGCUCCGUCCGAGAACAACAUAAUGGUUUGGAACGCGGUCAUUUUCGGGCCUGAAGGGACCCCAUUUGAGGAUGGAACAUUUAAGCUUACAAUAGAAUUCACCGAAGAAUAUCCAAAUAAGCCACCUACGGUUAGAUUUGUCUCUAAGAUGUUUCAUCCAAAUGUCUAUGCAGAUGGUAGUAUAUGUCUGGACAUACUUCAGAACCGCUGGAGUCCAACCUAUGAUGUGUCUUCCAUUUUAACAUCCAUACAGUCCCUAUUGGAUGAACCCAAUCCCAAUAGUCCAGCAAAUAGCCAGGCUGCUCAGCUGUACCAGGAGAACAAGCGGGAAUAUGAGAAACGUGUUUCUGCAAUAGUAGAACAGAGCUGGCGUGACUGUUGACCCGGGUGCAGCAAAAGAAGAGGCUGGUCAUAAGAAAAAUAUAUAUUGAUGUGUUUGUCACCUUCCUAUUCCUCAGUGUCAUUACAUUACUUUAUUAAAAGCAAAAUAGCUGUC